UAUGUCUCACAUUUUUAUUCAAGUUGAUACGAUAAAAAUUGUCCUCACAUGAUAAUCAAGUAUAUUUUUCCCAUUCCUUGAUGUCCAUGCAUAUUAAAAAUAUACACACCAACAUGCUUACGAUAUGAAAAAUAAAUUAUUUAUUCUCAUCUCAAAGGGCCACAAAGAGAAGGUGAAAUAGAGUUGAGAGAGAGUUAGAGAGAGAGAGAGAGAGAAAGAGAUAUAGUUUUCUGAAUUCUAUGUGGAUAUGCUAAAUUACUAGAAGGAGGGUGAACAAUAGGAGAAGUAUAUAGAUAUAUUUAAGGAGACUUGCAAAAAAAACUCAAUCUCAAACUAUUUCAUUUCAUCAAUUGGUGCUUUGAUUCCACCAAUAAUUGCCAUAAAUAGAUCAAAGGAAAGUGUAGAAGUUUGAAAGUUGUGGAAGCUAUAGCUAGAUGAAUAUGAGGGAGGAAGAAGCAUAUGGAUCAGAAUGUUCCAAGGCAAGUAUUUCAAUUAAUGAAGAUGGUUGUGAAAUUAGUGAAGGAAAUGAAGAUGAGGAAAGUAAUAAGCAAAACAUCAACAAUGGAGGAAUAAGCUCAAGCAAUAGUACAAUAGAAGAGAAUUGUGAGAAGAAAUCAUCGGUGAGACCUUAUGUUAGAUCCAAGUUUCCUAGGCUACGUUGGACUCCUGAUCUUCAUUUUCGUUUUCUUCAUGCUGUGCAAAGACUUGGUGGACAAGAGAGAGCAACUCCAAAAUUGGUUCUUCAAUUGAUGAAUAUAAAAGGUUUAAGUAUUGCUCAUGUGAAGAGUCAUUUACAGAUGUAUAGAAGCAAGAAAGUUGUUGACACAAAUCAAGUGUUGGCUGAUCAUAGGCUUCUUGUAGACAAUGGAGACAGAAAUGUUUAUAAUCUCACCCAACUUCCCAUGCUUCAAGGCUAUACUCCAAAUCAAACAUCAUCAUAUAGAUGUGGAUCAUAUGGGGAUGCUUCUCUUGCCAUGUAUGAAAACAUGGUGCAAAUGAGUUCAAUAAGUGACUCUAGAGCUGACUUCUAUGGAAAAAUGAUUGAGAGAACCAAUAAUAACAUCAUUAAUAUCCAGGGUCAUAGUAUUUUCCAAAUGGAUUCAUCCAAUUUUAGAGAACUAUCAACAACAAAAGUCCAUGAACCAAAUGAUAAUUUCCUCUCAUUUUGUGGCCAUGAAUCUUUAAGAGAUGAUCUACAAGUUCAACCAAGAGCACAAGAUCUCAUUUCGAACGAUAACUUGCCUGCAAAUCAAGUGGAAGAACUUAAGACAAUGAAAAGAAAAGCUUCAGAUAUGGAUCUUGAGUUGGAUCUAUCACUUAAAUUAAAUUCAAGGAAUGAUCAUAAAUGUAUAGAGGAGCAUGAAAUUGAUAGCAAUUUAUCACUAUCAUUGUAUUCUCAAUCAUCUUAUGUUUGCAAAAGGAUGAAAGAAGAACAAGAUGGUUCUAAGGAGCAAGAGAAAGGAGUCAAUAUUUCUUUGGAUCUAACCAUAUGAAUGAGACAUAUUCUAAGUGAGAUCUUGAGGUACAUGUCAGAAAAUUAUGCAUAUUGUAACAAAAUUAUUACACUCAUAUCAUGAACCAGACAAAAUUAUAUUUUCCUU